AACGGUCUCCUCCUCCUCGCGCCUCCUCAUUUAUCAGCGGCCGCCGCCGUCGCCGUCACUUCAACUGCUGAAGCCGCUGAGCCGCGAGCACGGACAAUGUCUGCCGGAGACGUGUGUCAGGAGACGGCGAAGCUGUCAUUAGGUGAAUUAUAUUCCUCUGAUCGUAAAGGAGAUGAUGAAAUUGGAACAGGAACAAAAGAAAAACCAUUUAAAACAGCCCUCAGGGCCUUACAAACAGUAAAGAAGGAACCAUUUCCAACUAUUUAUGUUGAUUCCCAAAAAGAAAAUGAGCGCUGGGAAAUUAUAUCAAAAUCACAAAUGAAAAGUAUUAAAAAGCUUUGGCACCGUGAUCAAAUAAAGACUGCAGAAAAAUGUACAAAAGAGCAAGAAGAUGCAUUGCGUCGGGAGAUGAAUCUGGAAGAGGCCAAAAAGAUAGUUAUUACACUGGACCCUAGUCUUGCAGAGCCAUGUCAGAUAAAAAUCAGAGACACAAAAGCAAGUCGAGGAAAGCGAGUGAAAGUCUUUGGCUGGGUGCACAGGUUACGUAAACAAGGAAAGAACUUAAUGUUCGUUGUUUUACGUGAUGGCACGGGAUUUCUGCAAUGUAUCCUCAGUGAUGACCUGUGUCAAUGCUACAAUGGAUUACUCCUAUCAACAGAGAGCUCCAUUGCAGUUUAUGGAAACCUGCAAGUUGUGCCGGAGGGCAAAAUGGCUCCCGAAGGGCAUGAAUUGAUUUGUGAUUACUGGGAACUGAUUGGUUUGGCUCCAGCUGGAGGUGCAGAUAACCUGCUUAAUGAAGAAUCUGACGUUGAUGUCCAGCUCAACAACCGUCACAUGAUGCUACGUGGCGAAAACAUGACCAAGAUCUUCAAAGUGCGCUCUGCUCUGGUGCAGUGCUUUAGGGACCACUUCUUUGACAAUAGCUACUAUGAAAUCACUCCGCCCACAUUGGUCCAGACACAGGUUGAGGGAGGAUCAACACUAUUCAAGCUGAACUAUUUUGGUGAAGAGGCCUUCUUGACCCAGUCUUCUCAGUUAUACCUGGAGACCUGUAUCCCUUGCCUUGGGGAUGUUUUCUGCGUGGCACAGUCCUACCGUGCGGAGCAGUCCCGGACUCGCAGACACCUGGCAGAAUACACUCAUGUUGAGGCAGAAUGUCCAUUCAUUACUUUUGAGGAGCUUCUCGACCGUUUGGAAAACCUUGUUUGUGAUGUGGUUGACCGCAUCCUCAAGUCACCUUCUGGUGAGCUUGUGCGUGAACUGCACCCGGAAUUCCAGCCUCCUCAGCGUCCUUUCAAAAGAAUGAACUACAGUGAGGCCAUCACAUGGCUGAAAGAACAUGAUAUUAAGAAAGAUGAUGGAACUUUCUAUGAAUUUGGAGAGGAUAUCCCAGAGGCUCCAGAGAGAUUGAUGACUGAUGCAAUCAAUGAGCCAAUACUCCUAUGUCGUUUUCCUGCAGAGAUCAAAUCCUUCUACAUGCAUCGCUGCACGGAGGAUCGCCGGCUUACUGAAUCGGUGGACGUGCUGAUGCCCAAUGUUGGUGAGAUUGUGGGAGGAUCAAUGCGUAUCUGGGACAUCAAGGAGCUCUUGGCUGGCUUUGACCGUGAAGGCAUUGAUCCUACUCCAUACUACUGGUACACUGACCAAUGUAAAUAUGGCAGUUGUCCACAUGGCGGAUAUGGCUUGGGACUGGAACGUUUCUUAACAUGGCUGCUGAACAGAUACCAUAUUCGGGAUGUAACUUUGUACCCACGUUUUGUUCAACGUUGCAAACCAUAAUGUCUGCUUGCUUGAGCACUGCAAAAUAAAUGUCAUGUUCUCUAUCACUUGCAUAAAAUAAAGCAUUUGGAAAUUCUCAAGAGAUCAUAUGACCACACAAUUUCAGUGAUGAUUUUUGUCAGCUAUAUCUCUGCUUCUGCUUAUCUAUACUUCAAGAAUUCUUUAAGCUACUGGAAAGUAACUUGUCAUCAUCGGGCCUCCUUGUCUUGAUAUGUACAGGUGAUUGUAAUUUUCGGAAUAGCUUUGGUGUUACAUUUGACCUCAACAAUAAAUUAGUCUGAAGGAUA